UAUAUAAUUCACUUGGCGAUUGUCUAGCAACUGUAUCAAAUUCUGAUGACAUGAAGUUUAUCAAGUCAAUGACAAGCGUAUACCCUAACACGGUUUGGUUGGGCGGUACAGACAUGUUUGCGGAAGGAAGAUGGGUUUGGAUAGAGAAUUUAGAGCCAAUAUCAUAUAACUAUUGGUAUAUGGGAAGUCAUGAACCUAGCGGGGGAUCAGCCGAUAACUGUUUGAUUUGGCACAACCAUAAUGGAUAUUUUUGGCAAGAUGUUAACUGCAAGGCUAACUACAAAUUUAUUUGUCAGCGUCAUACAAAGAAAAAAGAUCAGUAAACAGUGAUUAAAGAUUAAAUUACGUGAUGCAAAUAAAAUAUAAGAACAACAAUGUUUGAAUUAGGGUACGGUUUAAACAAUAAGCUAUGUCGUUGCUGAACGUGUUUUGUAUCAUAAACAUCGUAAAUCAGUGGUCCAGAAAAACUUUAAUAGUUUUUUUGUUCAAUAUUUAACUGAAGUAGAUCCAAGUGUCGAAACUGUGAUAUGAUUUAUGAAAAUCAAAACAUUUUGUUAGAAACUGAAAGUGACUGAAGUCAGUUUUGUGACACAUCGCGGUGAGUUUGAAAUUUGGUAGGAAAACACAGCCAGUAGAAUUUUGACCAA